AUAGGAGGCAAACGUGUUAACCACUACACCAAGCAGGAGCAUAUAGAGAGAGAGAGGACUCAUUUGGCGCGCGAGGCGGUCACGUGACGAGCCUUCACGCGCCUUCACGUUGGCUUCCUGACGUGUAAAUGUGUAAUAUGAAUAUAUUCUUGUAUAUUAAUACUCUAAUAGGCUGGUUAUUAAGCUGAAGAUCACAAAAUGGCGAAUUAUGGCGCUACAAAAUGGCGUGAAGCAUGGUACAGCACAAGCGCUAAACUGGGCGUAGCGCUGGCCGUUAUAAGGAGCAAGCCUGCGGGGAAGAGCGCUCGGAAACAUGCGGAAGAUUUAGCCACUAAACUCAGACAGCAGGAGGAAGACUGGAAAAGUAAAGCAGAAGGGCUUAAAGAAGAGGUUUUAAGGCUGAAACAGGAGCUGCUGCUCGCUAAACUGCUGAAUAAGCCGAGAAAUGGCGGCUCGUCAGCGCGGGGUGAUGAUGUACUAAAGCUCUUCUCCCAGGAUCUCACAGAGGCUCAGCUUUCAGAAAAUGACUCAGGCUGCGACACCCAGACCCUUUCCCUAACGCCUGAUCCUGCCGAAGCUGUCCUCUCCACCACAGUUCCUCCAUAUUCCAUCCAGCCCCGCCACUCAUCAUUCCACAGAGACAACCGCGAGUGUGCACUCUCCAAACACAUGCAGUUUUUGCAGAACCUGAGUGCAUUACGCGGGUCAGGGAAGGAUACACAGAUGGACAGAGGAGAUGCAGUGAUAGAGGACACAGCUCUUAACAUGAUUGAAUCUGUGGUGGCGGCCCACCGAGAAGCUGGAGAAGGAAGAUUAGGAGACGUUUCUCAGCUGGGUCGCUUCCUCCAGGCUUCACGCUUGGUGGCGAAGGCCCUGGAGAGGGGAGUCGGCAAGCAGAAAGUUUUGGAGAAAGCAGAAGAGUUGCUAGAGGAGCUGCUCGAGAUGCUGCUCAACAAUAGUCAGCUUAAUAAGUUUGCCGUGCAGAACAAUUUGACAGAGUGUCUGAUCUGUCUAGGAGGCGCCAGCAUGCUCAGACCUGUGCUAGUUAAACUCGUCCUGUCCCACAUCAUCCGCCUAGCUGAGCAUCUCUGGAGUGCCUGCCAGGAAGUGCCUGAGGGACAGCAGCCACAGCAGGUGGACUGGGUCAGGUAUGAGAACUCAUUUUACCUUUUCUGGACCCUAGAGCAGCUUAUACAAGCCGGUUCGGGUAGAGCGGGGACCGAUCACCACCACCUCCAAGCGCAGUUGGAAAAACAUGUCCUGCCUCUUUCGGAUGAGUUUCCCCUGUUCGCUCUUUACAUGUGGAGAAUCGAGGGGCUUCUUAAGCCUGCUUGCACCCGAGGGACCUGAGCUUCAAAGCUUGUGUUCCUGGUGUAUUUCAUCCUGACUCACAGUUUUUCCCCUCCCCAUACCUCUCAGCCAAGCUAAUGUUAUAUUCGAAAAUGUGCGAUUUAGACGAAGUGGAAACAUAUUGAAAGUAUGUGCAGUUUAUGGUCAGGUCCUUGGACGAAAAAAAAAGAAAGAAAAUACAAAUAUUGUUUAUGACAAA